UUAUGGAUGCCAUCCGGCCAUUCCAUGUACGUGAAUUACAGCUUCUCUACGACUGUCUCUUCCUCCCCAAAAACUCCGAAGCUCCAUUAAUAGACAAAGAAGCUUUAGAAAUUUCUCCUGGAUUAACUAAGUAUUGGAUCCCGGAAUGUGAUGAAUCAUUUAAACCAAAGCUUGACAUGGUAUUCAAAACCCUCGAGGAUGGUAUUGAGUUUUAUAAGCAAUAUGCAGCUUGUUGUGGCUUCGAUUCUCGUAUUGGUUCUCAAACUAAGGAUCGCCGGCCGAGGACGGACACCAUUGUGUGGAAAUAUGUUGUGUGCAAUAGAGCUGGUUUCAAAAAUAUUGCUAAAGUCAAUCCUCCAGAAACUAGUCAUGUUAUGCCUUUUAGUGUUGUUAGUGAUGAACACACUGAAUGUUCAAAUGAUGAUGCAGAGGCUCACGUUUUUCCAGAGCAUCCCGAAUCCUCCCAUGCUAUUCCCGACACCGAGAAAAAAAACAGAGGCGUCACCGUGUAUCAAACCGUGUUGGCUGUAAAGCACAUAAGAUUAUUACGUUAUUUGAAGAGCGCCACAAUCAUCCUAUGUCGUCUCUUGAUGCCAGACCGUUUCUUAAAGUAAACAGGAAGCUUGAUCUUGGUCAUCAAAAGUUUGUUCUCAAUUGUGCAAAGGCUAAUAUAGGAACUAUGAAAUCAUACCGACUGUACAAGGAAACUGUUGGAGGAUAUUGCAAUAUUGGUGCAACGACGGUUGAUUUCAAUAACUUUAAGCGAGAUUUGAAGGCAUAUAUUUCCGGCGUGGAUGCUCAAAUGCUAAUUGAUAAGCUUUUCGGAAGCAAGAAAUUUGUUCAGCAUAUAUUUUUGAGUAUGACGUUGAUGAGAGUGAUUUUUUUGAAGAUGUGCUUUUUUCGAUGCUACAUAUGGGACUAACAGGUUCUACACUUUUGUAAUUUAAUUUUUGCACAUUUCUUUAUUUGUGUUUAAUUAGUAUUAUUAAACCCAUGUUUAAUUUCAAACAUUUGAUUAUUUUAUAAACAUGUAACUGCCUGCACUCGUAAGCACUAUUUUGUGCUCAACUAAUUUACUUAUUUAAUUGGCGUUUACUUUCAAAAAUAUGUUAUUCAUCCGUUUAAUAUGUUAUGCACACCGAUUUCUGCUUCUAUGCACACGUACUUUAAUAAAUUCUAGCUUCGCACAUCAGCUUAACGCAGUUUUCUUUGCAGAUACAAUAUGGUUUUUACACCUUUCACCGGUGUCGACAAUCACAAAAAAUGUGUCACAUUUGGUGCCGGUCUUCUAUUUAAAGAAGACAUUGAAUCAUAUUUUUGGUUGUUCCGUUGUUUUCUAAAUGCAAUGGGACACGCACCUAAGUGUAUCGUUACUGAUCAAGACCCGUCUAUAAUUUUCUGAGACAACUACAUGACUAUGACUAAAAUAAAGAUUGUUUGUGAAACAUGACCUCUUAAAUGUAGUGACUAUAGUAGUUACUUUUUCACGUAACUUAUAUUCAAUUUUCACAUCAUGUGACCAUGACAUUAUAUCCAUAUUAAUUUUAGUCCUGUUUUUGUAAAUUACUUUUAUUUCAGCAAUUUUUUGUAAAUAGUUUUUAUUUCAG